AUGGCGCAACCUCACGGGGUCGGUUCAAGGUCCUCAAUCAAAAACAUUCUCGUCAUUGGCAACCAAAUCAUCUCCGCAACCGUCCUUCAAGCCCUCUCCCAAAAACCGGCCUUCGCCCUUACGGUCCUAACAUACCCUUCGCAAGCGCCGCUCCUCUCACGCGCCCACAAUCAUGAUACCCCGCGUUUUCAGAACAUCGCCCACCGAACUAGCGAUUUCACUGCACCUUCCUUAAGGAGCGCCUUCGCCGGCCAGGACCUCAUCAUCAGCACUGUCAAUGGCGGCGACUACAGCCUACAAACUCGUAUCAUCAAUGCCGUUGUCGCAGCGGGCGUAACGAGGUUUAUCGCAAGCGAGUUCGGUCACGAUAGCCUGAACGAAAAGGUCCAGGAGCAGUUACCCCCGAGCGAAGAGCGGGCGCGUGUGAUAAGAUACCUGAGAGGAAUGCAGAACGAAGGCGUGGUAGAGGAGGCCGCUGAGCCGGAAGAGGAUAUGUACAUCAAGAGGGAGGCAGCACCGGGCUUUGAGAACCCAUUCGAAUGGGCUGGUGUUGCUGUAGGAUGUAUCUUGGAUGCUAAAAUUAUCAGUGGAGAGCUGGGGGUUGAUAUGAAGUGGCGAAGCGCCACGGUCCAUGGGAAAGGGACAGAGCAAUUUGCUGCGACGAGCCUAGAAAGAGUUGGUCAGGUGGUUGCAAAGGUCGUGGAGCAUUGGGAGCAGGUAAAGAAUCGGUAUCUUUACGCUGCGGGCUGCAUCACGACGGCAAACCAGGUCAUUGAGGUCUUGCGGAAGGACACUGACCAGGAUUGGGAAGUGGGUUAUAACGACACGGCUGAAUGCGUUGACGAGGCUACGAAACGGAUGGAAAAGGGAUUUCCUGAUGCUGGAAUGUUCCUAAUGGAACGGAGCAUUCUGUACGAUGAGGCCUUGGGAGCAGUGGAACCCUUUAAGAUGGAUAGUGCCAAUACCUUACUUGGCUUGGAGGAAGAGAAACCGGAAGCCAUUAUCGGCGCUGCGAUACAUGGUUUUGCGCAUCAAGGAGCAGCGGAAUGCGGAUGCAGCUAA